AUGGGGCGCUCCAUUCAGCUCUUUUGGUCCUUCCUGAUCUUCCUGACGUGUGUGGCGUCGGAAGACUGCGCGGAAUGCUCCGAUGCGUCCUCAAUACUGCACCACAAAACCAUGGGCCGAAACGUUCGCCCUCAUCACCAUCACAACCAUCAUCAUCAUCCUCAUCAUUCUCAUCCCAGGUGUCGCAAACCUUAUCCGUUCAUCUGGGACAAUGAUGCGAACUACGAUGACACCUUGGCAUUCUUGUAUCUUGCACACAGUGAGAACCUGGAUUGGAAGGCGAUCACGAUCGAGUCGGAUGGGAUGGGUACCCCGCAUGGAGGGCCCACGAACAUUGCGGCCGUGGCCCAGCUGGUAGGCUUGGGUGAUGUUCCCAUUGCCAUGGGGGGCCUCUCCAGCUUGAGCCCUAUUGCCACCAUGCCCUUGCAGUGGCGUAUUGAGACCGAUGAGUUCUUUGAGCGCCAAUUUGAAUCUGGGAUCUUGGAGAUGACCGACAAGGCAAUCGUGGACGAGACUGCACCACAGCUGAUUGUCAAGAUCUUGAAGGAGUCAGAGUGCCCCGUGGUCAUUCUAACCACAGGUCCAGCAACCAACGUGGCAGAAGCGCUGGACAUGGAUCCAUCCAUUGCGGAGAACAUCCAGGGGAUAUACAUGAUGGGUUCUGCCUAUGGCGUUCCAGGCACAAACAAUGUCUACGAUUGGCAAAUGACAUACAAUGGUGUGAAGGGCUCCUGCACCGAAGACGGGGGCCAGACCUACACGGGCUUGUCCCCUCCACUGCUCAAGGACGGAGUGAAGAGCGCGAUUCGUCCAGAAUGCCGAGGGGUUGACAUGACUGCACACGGCGACACGGAGUGGAACGUCUUCAUGGAUGUACGUGCCUGGCGCAUGGUCUAUGGCUUCCUGGAACCUUCGCCUGCAGAUGUCUACGUCUUGGCCGCAAAUGCCACACUUAACAUGCCGGUGACCUUGGACGAGAUGGAGGAGUACGCAUCAACGCUGGCAGAUGAAGACCUCAGGGUCUUUGUCAUCGAACUGGCCAAGGCUUUCCUCGCAGCUGGAGAGGCCAAGUGGUGGGAUGCUCAGUGUGCCGUGGUGAUGGACCAAGUCUUGUCAGGGAAAAAGAUUGGUGUGUGCUCCAACUGGGCCGAGCAGAAGGUGACCAGCGUAUCCCUCGUGUGGAGAUCCAAUCUGACCGAUGGUGAGCUGAACCCUUAUGGUAGCAUCAAGGAUGAUGAGGACGCGCAUGCUCCCCCGGUCGACUACUGCUUAGAUGGCAACGUCACCCAAAUGUGGGAGGUCUACUGGCCCAUGGUCAACCAGACCGGCUAG